AUGGACGGCGGGAAAAGCGGCGAGCGAGGGUCCGCCAGCCAGUCAUCCCUGACCCCUAGCCCGUGUCCGCCCACAGCUCAGCGAGAAUCGGAGCUAGAGGUUCUUCAGGUUCUUCAGUGCAGCUCUGAAGUCAGUGAGGCCGGUGAAGUUUUGCUGGUGGCUUUGCCGAUCGCGCAGGCAUCGGCGAACGGGCCGGCACUGGUGGAAGCGCUCAAGCAGCGUUGCCGGGUCUCUGGCCGCGCCAGGCGCCGGCUCCGAUGCCUGGCAGAUGGUGGGGGCGCAGGCCGUGCCUUGUCACCCGAGGAGCUUGCGCAGGCGCUGUACCCUAUGCCCGAUGAGGUCCCCGAGCCUCUGCCGGAGGGGCAGGCUCCAGAGGGCGACCUCCAGCUCCAGGAGAUCUUGAACCACAAUGUGCUGGCACCAAGCACGUUGCAAGUGGGCGGGUCUUAA